AUGAGCGGGCACGGCGAGGCUGGAUCGCUGCAAAGGGCGCACGCCCUCUCUGCCCAAGCUGCAGAACUCCUGCACUCCCCCUCGCCACCCUUACCUGCCCUCACGUCAGCCCUUGACGCCUAUCGCCAGGCCGCCGAGCUCUUCUCGCAGGCUACAACAGUGCCCGGUGUGGAUUCAGGAACGCUCAAGACUCUCCAGCUCCUCACUACACAGCACCGGAAGCUGGUCAAGGAUCUCGAACGGCGGAUUGCGUCUGCACAGCCUAUCCUCCGUCGAGCAGCAACGGUCCCAGCUCCUUCGUCCUCGGGCGCUACUGGCUCUUCUGCAGCGCCGGGGCGUGUCGGUCGAGAUGCACGGCCCUCAGAACCAAUACGGCGGCCAACGGAACCAGCUGGACUGGCCGCUAUCGGUCUCACUCCCAGCCCUUUCUUUGCUUCGACAGCGUCGGCGCACCGGCCUAGCUUGACGCAGGCAGUAGGAAACAGUACUCGAGCCCUCCCACCUUUUGCCCAACGACCACAUCCGGCUACUACCUCAACACCAGCCGCGCCGAGCCUUACAAGCACAUCGGUCCAUCAGCCCACCCUCUCCCCGCUCUACUCGUCCGCGUCGUCCGAAGACCCCGACCCGGCUGAAUCAUACAUCACCUUCGGGCUCGGGCUGGCGGGCGAUGGUAAGGCCGGACGAGGAGGGAAGGAGGUGGAUCCAUUUAGCAAGUUCUGGGGGAUGCUGGAGGAAUGCCUGGAUGUGGUUAGUAGGCCGGUGGCAUUCGCUAGUGUCCCUCUGGGUCCAAAAUCGGAGGCGAUGGGGCAAGGGGAGGAUGGAGACUUUGACGAGGGCCGGAAAGAGCGCGAGAAGCUGAAGAGGGAGAGAAAGAGGACUAAGAGUAAGGCCAAGGGGAUGGAGAUUGAUCGCACCGCCUCACCGAGCGAUUCGUACUGUAUGGUCUCGUCUGAAGCGCCAGCGGCCUCGUCAUCAAGAACAGGCCGUACGGGCUCGCCGUCCUCUAAAACGCCCGAAGAGCUACAACUCGAGAACGAGUCUCUUCGCGCAUCCCUAGAUGCUCUGGCUGUGCAUAAUCAACAGGUCGAAAGGGAGAAUCAGGAGCUGAAGAAGCGGAGUCUGGAGCGGGAGGCUGUAUUGCGGACAAUCGCGGAAGGCGUCAGGAAGGAGGCGGAGAAGGCUCGACUGGAUACGAGUGUCCUUCUGCGGUCGCAGAUACUUUCAGCGAGCAUCAGCACCGACGCCGCUGCUCCUCCGGCUAGGCAUACACACGUCGGCACUUCGACAACCACCAAGCAGGGCGACGAUGCUCAAACCGUCGAGAAGCUCAAGCAUAGGAUCGGCGCGCUGGAGGAAGAAGUCAAGAGUCUCAAGACGGACAAUGAGAAGCAGAAAGCGAAUGUCAUCAAGUACAAGGAUCGACUCGAGUUGAUCAAGUCAAAAUCGCGGGCGAAGAAGGAGGCACGGGGUGAAUCUUGA